AUGUCCAAUUUCCAGUGUCCUUCAUGCGGUAAAGCCAGUUUCAGAGAUCAGGUUGCUGUUGCUCGUCACAUGAGCCAGCCUCGCUCAGGAUGUAGCACCUGGCUACAGGAUUUAAUACAUGACUUGGACGGACCGAAUAUUCCCGGUGGUGGGCCUCAGGCUGAGGUUGAGUUCACAUUCGGAGAUAGAGACGAGUCAUUUGAAGGUAGCGGUGAGAGUGGUGGCCAGGCCUCUGAGGAGGGAUUACUUCCGAAUGGUGCCUCAGAUUUCGUCGACCAAUAUCCCAAAUCUUCUCGGACGUAUGGCAUGGGGUACACCUUCCUCGACUUAUUCAAUUCUGAUGAGAAUAGUGUGUACCGUGCCAAGAAUCCCUAUUACCCAUUCAGUGGCCGGAAGGAUUGGGAGAUUGCAUCGUGGUUACUGCGCUCAGGAUUGAGCAUGGGGAAGAUAGACAGUUUUUUAUCACUCGACAUAAUUAAGGGUCUUCCAAUAUCUUUUUCCUCGGCCAAGGAACUGCGAGGCAGAGCAGAAAUGUUGCCCAGUGGUCCACGCUGGAUGUCCCAAGUGCUCUCUACGAGUCAUCCCACCAAAUCACCCGUCGUUUUGUACUGGCGUGAUCCCUUGGACUGUAUUUCAGCCAUUCUGAAUCAUCCCUUUUUUCACGAUCGGUUAGACUUCACGCCUCGCAGGGUCUAUACUACUGCACAACGCUUGUGUCGUGUAUAUUCAGAAUGGAUGACAGGCGAUGAUGCAUGGAAUAUGCAGUCUGCCCUACCCAAAGGCGCAACACUCCUUGGAACCAUUCUAUCAUCCGACAAAACAAAUAUAUCCACGAUGACGGGUGACAGAGUUGCACACCUGCUUCUCGUCAGCCUUGCGAAUAUCAACAUGUCCACACGACUCAAGACAUCGUCCAACUCCUUUGUACUCACCGCCUUGCUCCCCGUACCUAAAUUUAUACAUAAGAAUAAACGCAUGCGAGGUGUACUCGAGGAUCGCUUAAUUCAUGAAUGUUUAGAUAUCGUCCUGCGUCCACUCAAGCAGGCUGCACGUGAAGGAGUCAUGUUAUCAGACCCUCUGGCUGUCGUUCAAACAAGGGCAGAUCCCAACGAUAUUGAAGCCUUCUUUCGCGAAGCGCAGAAAUUUCGCCUGAACGGUGUCUCUAAACCUUUCUGGCAGGACUGGACCCUUGGUGAACCGUCUCAUUUCCUCACUCCAGAAUUUCUGCAUCUCAUUCACCGAGAAUUCUACGAUCACGACGUCAAGUGGAUGAUUUGUGCGGUCGGGGAUAUGGAAAUUGAUUUCCGGUUUUCUGUGUUGCAGCCCGUCACUGGCUUUCGUCAUUUUUACGGUGGUAUCUCCAAGCUAAAACAGGUUACAGGUCGAACUCAACGUGACAUUCAGCGUUCGAUCGUUGCAGUCAGUGCGGACGCAGCACCUAGUGCUGUGAUCACUGCUUCACCACGUAUUGAUGAAGACGACAUCAAGCGCAUUUCUGGAGCCCUCGAUGAAUUUCACGCCAAUAAACACGCUAUCACAGCUGGAGGAUUUCGUCGAGGCAACAAGAACAAAGUUAUCGAUAACUGGUACAUUCCAAAAUUGGAGCUCAUGCAGAGUAUAGUUCCCAGCAUCCGCAACACUGGUGUCGCCAUGCAAUGGACUGCAGACACAACAGAGCAUGCACACAUUACAGAGAUUAAAGACCCCGCGCGAUCAAGCAACAACAACAACUAUGAUCCUCAAAUUUGUCGACAUCUCGACCGGGUUGAUAAGUGCCGUCGCUUUGACCUUGCAAUGAGUCUCGUGGAUGGUAUGGCAAGCUCGAGGCUACAGGAUGACAAUAUUGGUGAUGAUGUUGACUUUGAUGCGGAUGAUGAUGAUGACCUCCCCACGGAAUUUACGGCCACUAUAAAAUGUCCUGGACAUUCGCGCCCAAUCACCAAUUACUUUGUGAUUGUGAAGAUCCUCCAGCAUAAGGAGGUUGGGACUGUCCCUCUGCCAUUGCGCACAUUCGUCAUCGGACGCACGGCCUAUCAUCUCACAUAUUCCCCAUCCAUCAGAUCCAUCUCCAUCAACGAUGCUGCUAUCAAAUUCGGCCUUCCUGACUUACGGCUGGCCAUUGCUGAUUUUCUUCGUCGCGAAGCUACCCACGGACAGAAUUAUGUCCACACAAUUGGGGGAGCCAGGAGGGCUGGACCUACUGCUUCCCUGCCAUUUGAUAAAAUUCAAAUCUGGUUCAAACUUCGCCUACAGGACACAGAGUUUCACGACAGUAGCAUCAUACGGCCCGCGCAGACCCUGAAUUGUGUGCCGCCUUCUGAUGUCUGGAACUCUGGUAGGUACGACUCAGCUAUUGUGAACAACGAGUCAGGGUGCCUUUGGCCUGCUCAUGGUCUUCGUGGUCACACAAUUGGUCAAAUUAGACUUAUCAUGCGUCCAGUUGGAAGAAUCAACACGGAUUGGUCAUGGGAGGACCGUUUCCUUGUCUAUAUGUACCGGUUUGAUGGUACAACAAGCGCUCGUGAUCCUGCCACACAGUUGCACUCGAUCAGAAGGGCGAAAUGUUCCAACGGUACAUUAGUGGGCGAUAUUAUACCACUGACGCAGAUCAAGGCUCCUGUUAAUCUCAUUCCUCGCUUUGGAGCCAGUGCAGACAGCCGUUUUACCUCACAGAACAGCAUGGAGCACGCGUCAGAGUUUUGGGUAAAUAAAUUUUGGGACAAGAACACAUUCUUUCCGCUCUCUAUGUAG